AUGGAUCAGUUUGUAAAUUACUCCGAGGUGUACGACAACAUAACAAUUCAGCAGUUUAAAAACGACUUUAAUAAUGACGAGUGUUAUCUGGAUCAUGCAGGUGCUACUUUAUAUUCAAAGACACAGAUAAAAUUUAUUUAUCAAGAUUUAUCGGAGAGUUUGUACACUAAUCCUCACUCUGCAGUCGGCAGCGGUAAUCAAUGUCAGGAAAUUAUUGAAAGAACUCGCUCUCGAAUUUUAGAUUGGUUCAAAGCCUCAGAAGAUUACAGUCUAGUAUUCACAUCUGGAGCAACAGCAUCAUUGAAGUGCGUAGCUGAAACAUUUGAAUUUAAUGAUGGAAAAUUUAUCCAUUUACAAGAUAACCAUACAUCUGUGCUGGGAAUGCGGGAUGUCAUUGCCCAAAAAAAUGUCUCUGUUGAAUCCAUGACUCGCGAAGAAGCUUUCCAGCAUUUUUCUGCUGACAGAUCAGCGGUAAGAAUAAACAGUGACAAGAAAAGUAAUAGCUUGUUUGUUUAUUCAGCACAGUGCAAUUUUUCUGGAUACAAAUACCCUUUAGAGUGGAUUGAAAAAGUGCAUAGAGGAGCGCUGGAUCAAGAUGGAAACUCAAACUGGUUUGUGCUGGUUGAUGCGGCUGCUUUCGUAGGUACCAAUGUCCUGGAUUUGUCUGUAUACAAACCAGAUUUUGUUGUACUUUCUUUUUAUAAAAUGUUCGGGUACCCUACUGGUCUCGGUGCUUUGAUUGUUAGAAAUUCCAGCGCUGGAAUGUUGAAAAAAAUUUAUUAUGGAGGUGGGACUGUUAAUAUUGCAUUGAGUACUCAGAAUUUUCAUGUUAAAAAAGAAGUAUUUCAUGACAGAUUUGAAGAUGGAACGCUAUCAUUUCUCUCAAUAAUCGCCCUGCAGCACGGCUUAGACGCUCUAUCAAAACUUCCAAUGCACCAAAUAUCAAGCCACGUCUUCUCCCUGGCUCGGUAUGUUCACCACUAUCUCCAGAGUUUACACCACGCCAACGGUAACCCAGUGGUCGAAUUGUACAGCGACUCUGACUAUGAAGACCCGCUACAGCAAGGCGGUAUCAUAGCUCUAAAUUUCCUCAAACCGAACGGCGAAUACGUGGGAUACAUGGAAGUGCUCCACAUGGCUUCGCUUUUUAAAAUCCACCUGCGUACGGGCUGCUUCUGCAACCCAGGAGCAUGUCAGCGUCACUUGAAGCUUUCUAUCCAAGACAUUAUCAGCAAUUACGACGCUGGGUACACUUGCGGUGGAGGAAAAGAUUUAAUUGACGGGCGACCAACUGGCGCUGUUAGAAUUUCUUUUGGAUACAUGUCAACCUUCGCUGAUGUUGAAGUAUUUAUUAAAAUGCUUCACAAGUGCUUCAUUGACUUGCCAGCAAUGAUAAAAAUUUCUCAGAUUAAUUUUAUUAAUAAUAUUAAUUCAAGCAGCAAAGGAAGAAAUAAAAUUCUAAAUUUAGAAAAUUUUAAAGUUGAAGAAUUAAAAGAAAAUUUAAAAAUUAAAAUAGAAAAAAUUGAUGAAAAAAAAAAUAAUGAAAUAAAAUUAAAAAAAAUAUUUAUCUAUCCAAUAAAAUCAUGCGGAGCUUAUCAGGUCCCGCAAAAAUGGAUAAUAAAUAAUAAAGGAUUAAAAUAUGACCGUGAGUGGAUGAUUAUAACUGGAGCUGGUGUCUGUCUUACACAGAAGCAAGAAGUUAAAUUAUGCUUGCUAAGACCGACUUUAAAUCUCGAGGAGAAUUUUAUGCGGCUGGAGUAUCCAGGUAUGCUGGAUAUUGAAGUCCCCUUGGAGAGUAUUGGAGAUAAAAAAGUCGACGGUGAAAUUUGUAGGAGCAGAGUUUGUGGUCACAGAGUCGAAGGAAUCGACUGUGGAUAUGAAAUAUCAGAGUGGCUUUGCCAAGCUUUGGGAAGGUCUGAUUUAAAAUUGAUAAGGCAGAAUUUGGAUGAUGGAGAGCUGUCUUUUUCUAGCCAAGCGCAGUAUUUAUUGAUUAAUUCUGCGAGUAUCCAGUGGCUUGUUGAUCGGCUUCCUGGAGACUCUGAUUGUGAUAAGAAUACUGUUUUAGAUAGGUUCAGAGGAAAUUUUGUUGUGGAUGGAGCUGAAGCGUUUGAAGAAAUUAAUUGGAAGCAAGUUUUUAUUGGAAAACAUUCUUUUGAGGUAAGAUGGUAUCUUUAA